AUGGUCGGUGAGUCGGUUUCUACAUACUUUAGCUACCCCCAAUACUCUGCUAUAAGAGAAGAGGAUGAAUUCUAUCCAAGGUCCUCUGUAGAGAAAGUAUCUGCUAUUGAUUCAGAUGAGGAUGAUAAUGAGUGUUAUCCGCGAGCCGGGGAUGAGAAACUGACAUGCCUAGAGGAGGAAAAGUACCUUGAUGGGAUGCAACAAUAUGCAGACCAGCAUCCGGGUGCUUAUCCCGAAGAUUGCUAUCCAGAAAUGUAUGGGAACAGACAAGAAUAUCUCGAUGACGAUGACGAUGAUGACGAUGACGAUGACGAUGACGAGGAAGAAGGGGAAAAAGACCGGGAUGCCAUGUACAGUGGAUUAAGUUCCACCGCCUCAUCUAGUGCAGUAAGCCGCCAAGCUUCAGAUUACAACUUCUUGCCAUACAUUCCCGUGAAAUCCAUGAAGCUUAUGAGCAAAAAGGGCCCUCCAGAGUUCACUUACUGGAAGAAGAUUAAGUUGCCUAUUCCACCCACGAAGUUGAUCGUACAAGUUCGUCAUGUUGGUUUAAAUCCAGUUGAUAUUAAGAUAAUUAAUACUUAUCUGAAGUACAGCUGUGGACAUGUGGGUGUGGGCAGAGAGUAUAGUGGAACUAUUUUAGUGGUUGGCGACGGUUUAGCCUCGGAAUUUGAAAUUGGAGAAGAGGUUAUGGGUAUCUUCUGGCACCCUAAACUUUUCAGGGGCAUUUGUGAGACGUCUAUUAUAAUAGAUCCCCGCUUUGAUAUAAUCACCAGGGUACCAGCACCUAUCUCGAUGAGAGAGGCCAGUGGAGCAUUAUUUUGUUUGGGCGCAAGCUAUAACCUAUUACAUAAAUUAGAACAGAACGGACAGCUUCAUGCAGAAAGCAAUAUCCUCAUUAAUGGAGGAACCACCAGUAUGGGUCUUUUCACUUUGCAAUUGUUGAAAUACUAUUACCGUAUUCCUUCGGACAUAGUUGUUAUUUGUUCUGUAAGAGGAGUAGAAGUUCUCCACGAUGAAUUUCCGGACAUAUCCGACGAAUUGAUCUUCAUUGACUAUGAGGCCACCGCUUACGGUGACAGUUUGGCAAGAACAUUAGUUGAUAUGGUCAGAAAUAGAAACUUACUAGAAUGUGAUGCUGAAACGGGUACAGUAUCGAGAACCCAUUUUAAACAGGGAAAGUUUACAUUAGUCUUGGAUUUCAUCGGUGGAUAUGAUAUCAUUCAACAAUCAGACGCUAUUAUCGCAGAAGGUGGCGUAUACGUCACAACAGUUGGUGACGUGCAAUCUAACUACGAAAAAGAUACCUUAAACAGCAGGUGGAAGAGACCAGGAUUCCAAACUAGAAAAUGGUUCGGAAAGAUUUUAUGGGACUUUAAAUACGAGUAUUUCUCUUUUGAACCAACCGUAAGAUCGACCUUUGACAACGAAUGGGUUGACGUCUGCGUGGAUUUAUUAUACAACGAAAUAGUCAGAGUUGUCAUUGAUAAGGCUUAUAGCUGGAAGCGAGCUCAUAAGGCUUUAAGACACUUAUCAUCUGGGCAUGCUCGUGGCAAAAUUAUACUUGAUAUUGACAAGAUAUAA